CUGAAGCUGUGCUUGGCUUUUUCCUGUGUAGUGUCAACCCAAAACAAGUUGGAAACAGAUCAAUCUUCGUCUGUGCAUUGAAGAUAACUCGCGUGCAGGUGUUUUUAACAUCUGUAGACGGCUUGAAAGCGUUCGCGAUGUGACACAGAGAUCUUUCUCGGAGGAUUAUGGAAAAUUAUUUGUUCGUGAGAGUUGUGGGAAAGGGAAGCUAUGGGGAGGUGAACCUGGUCAGACACAAAUCAGACCGUAAACAGUAUGUGAUCAAGAAGCUGAACCUGAGAACAUCAUCCAGGCGUGAACGGCGAGCUGCAGAGCAGGAAGCCAAGCUCCUUUCACAGCUCAAACAUCCCAACAUCGUCAACUACCGGGAAUCAUGGGAAGGUGAGGACUGUCAGCUCUACAUUGUGAUGGGUUUCUGUGAAGGAGGAGAUCUGUACCACAGACUCAAACAGCAGAAGGGAGAACUUCUGCCCGAAAGACAGGUGGUGGAGUGGUUCGUCCAAAUUGCAAUGGCCCUUCAGUAUUUGCAUGAAAAGCACAUCCUGCAUCGAGACCUAAAAACUCAGAAUAUCUUCUUGACCAAGACCAACAUCAUCAAAGUGGGUGAUCUGGGCAUUGCACGGGUUUUGGAGAGUCAGAAUGAUAUGGCCAGCACUUUGAUCGGCACACCUUACUACAUGAGUCCAGAGCUUUUCUCCAACAAACCCUACAACUACAAGUCAGAUGUGUGGGCAUUAGGUUGUUGUGUGUAUGAGAUGGCCACGCUAAAACACGCCUUCAACGCAAAGGACAUGAACUCUCUAGCAUAUCGGAUCGUAGAAGGGAAGUUACCCCAGAUGCCGGGUAAGUACGACCCACAGCUGGGAGAGUUGAUCAAGCGCAUGCUGUGCAAGAAACCAGAAGACAGGCCGGAUGUCAAACAUAUCCUGAGACAGCCAUACAUCAAACAUCAGAUCUCCAUGUUUCUAGAGGCCACAAAAGAGAAAACUGCCAAAUCACGGAAGAAUGCUGUAAACAGCAAAGCAAACAACAUGGGUUCGGAUGCAUCAGCCCAACCACACCAUGAGCUACAGCUGCAAUGUCUUAACUCUGAAUCAAAGAGCCGAGAUAAAAAGAUUGAAGAAAACCACAUGAACCGACAAAAACCCUGCAACGGUGCACCAGAAAAUGCCUCUUCUAACACAGAUUUGCCCCCCAAAUCACCUAAUCGGGACGUUUUUAACUCGACAGCUCAAUCUAUGGCGUCUAUAAGCAACAUAGACAUAGAUGUCCAAGAGCAAAAGAAGAGAAAAGCCAAAUCGCCCAGCAGCCAUAACAUCAACAAACCUCCAUCAAUACACAAGAAAAGAGAGGAGAAACAAGAUCCUGUUCUUCCUCGGACACAGCCUCCAAAACAAGUGUUGGGUAUCGGAAAAGCAGGGGUGAAGACGACACCGAACGGAUCGAUAUCACAAAGCUCUACCGCACCCAAACCUGCAGACCGAGCCAAGAGUCUAAAGGAGAGUCAAACUUCUGAUGUUAACAUGGACCUCAAGGAAGACACUAUGAAACUACUGCAAGAGGCAGCGAUACCUCACGAGCCAUUCGAGCUGCAUGGUGAAAAGAUAAAUGUGGAGAGUCGGAGAGCUUCGACGGCUGGUGAUGGUCAUCAUAGGAUGUGUGUUGUAAAGGAAGCUCCUGCUAGAAGCUCAACAGAGGAGAGUGAGGGAAGUCUAGACUCCACAGAGAAAUUACUCAAGCCUGUUCCUGUGAUCUCAUUGGGGUGUUCCGAUUCUGAGCCCACCUCACUUCUGUCAGAUGAAAGCAAACCUGUUCUCCAGCCCUCUUCUUCUGAGCCGUCCAUGUCACGACAGCGCAGACAUAAGAAAAUCAAGACCUCUGAUGAGAUUGUAAAAGCGGUACCCAGACCUUUGCCACUUCUUCCUGAAGUUGUACCAUCAGUCAGCAGUCAACAGAAGAGUAACUCAGAAAAAAACAAACCUACUGGUCUCUCAUCUUCCAGCAAGAACCCCCCAGAGGAACAGAAUCGUCCAUUGUCCGCCAGAGAAAGAAGACGACUGAAGCAGCUGCAGGAGAACUCGAGACAACAAGCAGCGUCUGCCGUCACAACAACACCCUGUGAUGUCCCCUCAUUAGACUGUGGGCAGACAGACCAACAGGACUGCCCAAGACCUGCCAGCACCAGGGAAACAAAAAAGGAGAGGAAGACCUCAUGUAGACAAUCUGAUGAAGAUGAGUGUAGUUCCUCCACCAGCUCCACAGAACGUUCAGAAGGAGACUACAGAGAACGAAAGUGUGAGACCAGUGAGAUGCAAGACUUAGUCCAAAUGAUGACCCAGACAUUACACAUGGAUAUCAGAGAUGGAUCAUUUGAGUCAAAUGGGCCGAGAUGCAACUCUACACAAAUGCCUGAGUUCAGACUCAACAGGAAGUACAGGGACACACUGAUGCUUCAUGGGAGGGCCAAAGAUGGACGAGGAGAUUACCAGAUUGGUGACUUUCCGUUAGAUGACAGCACAGGUCCAGCGAAGGUCAGGAGAGUGAUUGAGGACUUGCGUACAGAUGUGGUGAAAGGUCUCGGUGUGAAGUUGUUGGACAGACUCUUGGACAUAAUGCAGGAGGAAGAUGAAGAUAAGAGAGAGCAUCUAAUGCUGCAACAAAUGGGUGAAGAGAAAUACAAGAUGUAUGCGGUGAAAGUGCGUCAGCUGCAGUUCUUCGAGGACGUCGCAUUUAAAGAUUGAGCCAGAUGCCGAGAGGAAUCCUCUAUUAAACACUGAUAUGCCAAUAAUGCUGGUGGACAGCAGACCGAUUUGUGCUCUUACCAGAAAAACUCUGAUGUCAACAAUCACUGUUAUUAAUGUAUUUGUUAUACUUCGACACUAGUUAUGCAAUAAAUCCGACAUGUUAUUAUGCACCUUUCAAGUUCACAAAAGUAUAAACUAUUUAGGAAAUAUACGGUUUUCUAUUGUAAAUGUGAAUCUAUGCUGUGUAGAUAGCAAAACUGAUCUUAACGCAAAACAGUUUAUGUUUAUAGUUUUGUUUUCUAUUUUCUGGACAAACUCUGUAUAUUUAUAUUAUGAAUAAUGUGGAUCAAUAAGGAAUGAUUUAUAAUAAAUGACAUUUUUAGGAA